ACUUGUAGAGGGAGGGAAGCUCUGCUUCUGUCCUGGGAGAAAAACCGCUUCUCGCUGCUCGGUAGGCGAUCAGAGAGGAGAAGCGCGAGAGGCGAGCACGACCCGACCCGGACCCGGAGGACGGAGACACGUUUGGGGGAGAAGCAUGGGGAGGUCCGCGGGGGGUGAGGCGUCUAGGGAGGAGCUAUAGGAGAGGCACGUUUAGAUAAAAGCGGCCACUUGCAGUCGAUGCGGAGAGAGAGAGGACUCGUAGCGCGUUACGCAGAGCGCACCGCUCCAAAGCGGAACCAGGCUUUUACGCACGGCCCGAUGGAGAUGCCGCGUUGUUGAUCCACCCAGCGGAGGGAUCCGAUCCCCUUUGGAAUGUGGACAUGGACGCAGACCCGCAGGUAGAUUCGUGAUUCUAAGCAUAUAUCACGCGUUUGGAGACAUUUGGACUGCAGACCAGCCGGGAUCGAACCCGGCGCGUACCGGAACGCAGUGCAUUACGUCUGCUGAGAGUGUUUGGGACAGCGGCGUGCACGCAGUCAGACGUCCAGCCGUGAGCAAACCCCCGGGACGGUGACACACGACACAGGAGGAGGGGGCUAUUGUACGGUGCGACACCGGGACGAGGCUGCCGGUAGGAUUCGGACGCCGAGGUGCUCGAUGCUCAGCCGGUCGCUUGCGUCUCCUCAGGCUGGACACCAUGAGGUCCGCGGUCCUGCUGCUGGCCGCGCUCUUUGCGGCCCGGCUACGGCUCGGCGGCGCUGAGGGAGAUCCGCUGCCCUCGUCGCUGGUCCACCUGGUGAGGAACUCCCCCAUCUCCUCUGUGGACGACCUGGAGCUGCUGCUGCAGGAGACCAAUGGAAUAGAGGAGGAAGAAGACGAGCACGACGCGCCCGCCAACCACACCCACCACAGACGAUUACCCAGAAGCCUCGUGGAGGCGCAGCAGGCGCAGCAGGCGGCGUGUAAAGUGCGGACGGAGGUGAUGAAGGUGGAGCGGUCCAGCGCCAACUUCCUGCUGUGGCCUCCUUGCGUGGAGGUGCAGCGCUGCUCAGGCUGCUGCAACACUUGGGUGCUGCAGUGCGUCCCCACCCUCUCCUCCACCCGAUACCUGCAGGUGACAAAGAUCCGCUACGUCAACAGGAAAGUCCACUAUGAGAAAGCGAUCAUCUCCGUGGAGGACCACGUCAGCUGCAGGUGCCAAGCUGCCUCCUCCGUCCCCAUCCAGACCCACCCACGCCCCCUCCCACCUACGCCGCUGCAGCCUGCGCAGCCCCUCCCCCGGACCGUCCACGCCAACCCCCCGCCCAAGACUCACGGCUCCAAGGCUGACCUCCAUCGCCACGACGACCUGAAGCACAACCAGCAGGCCUACGGGCCCGAGGAGCGGGACCCGGCGGUUGGGCGGUGGCAGCAGGGCGGCUACACCCAGCUGGUGCACUGGACGCAUCUCGGGCCCUCCGAGGCCAGGGCGGAGCACAGCGUCAUGGGAGGCGGGGCCCCCCAGGUCGGGCACGGGAGCGGGUACGCCGGGAGCCGGGAGGAGGGCGGCGUGCACGCCGCGCCGCUGCAGAGGCAGCAACAGCUGCUGCAGCAUCAGCAGCUCCACCGCGGCGGGGCCGAGGAUCAAGAGCUGGGGGGGCGGCGCUGGCUGGACGCGCCGCAGUCCGACGCCGGUACGCCGCCUGCCAGCCCGACUCGGCCGCCCAAGCUAGAACUAAGCCCCGCCCCUCCCACGGCGUUGGUGACCAGCAGGAGACAGGCCGAAGUGACCGGGCGCACGGGAGGCGGCGAGAGGGAGGAGAGCGGCUCGGCCAAUAGCAGGGACUCAGGCGAGGCCGAGCCGGCCAAUCAGGGCCCGGAAAAAGACUCAGAACAGAGCCGCGGGGUCGGCCAUUUAACGGAGGAGGAGAGGAGGCAUAAAGUUCUGGAGAUGAUUCAGACGGAGCCGGAUCACCGGACUCAUCUUCGUCCACAUCAUCCGAAGCCGAGACCGAAGCCGACCAGCUUCAAAUCAGGCCUCUCCGCCUCAACCCCCGGGCCCCCCCCGGCCCGCCGGGCCCCGUUCCGCCCGGCGUCACCUCGGCGCCGCAGGAAGCACAGCAAGCGCAUCAGCAAGGCCGCCAUGAGGGCCAUGAUCAUGUAGAGCUGCAGGUGAAGCUAAAGCGAGGCGAACCGAGCCAAAGGGACACAGAGGAGACCGUUGGGUGGGCGAUGGACCCGAGAGUCGCCGGUCCGACUCUUCCUGCUGCUUCCGUCGUCACAGAAACGACCAAAGUGAAGUCUCCCGUAAACCCGUCGGGAGGACGUUUUGUUGUGAUGCUAAAAGCUGGAUUUCAUGGAUUUGAACCGCGAACCGACACUGGCUCGCCCGACUGAGUGAUCGAGUGAGUGGGUCCACCAAUGAAGAACUGGACUUGGACUCAGAAUCAGGGGGUCAAACAUGGAACAUUGGACUCAUACUCUCGGAUAAUAACUGGAAGGCCUCGACAGCCUAAAAACGUUACUGUAAUCUUUUAAAUCAAACUUUAUUAACACUGGAGUAACCUACAUGUACUGUAGCUACAUUAAGCUGUGUGUACUGUAGCUACAUGUAGCUUCAUGUAAUGUAGCUUUGUUCACUUUAGCUACAUAUAGCUACAUGUACUGUAGCUUCAUAUACUGUUACUAUAUGUAGCUUCAUGUACUGUAGCUUCAUGUACUGUUACUAUAUGUAGCUUCAUGUACUG